GCCGCAGUAGACCUCCUUCCGUUGUUCGGGCAUUUGAGAUUUUACAUAGCCUGCUUGGGACUGGAUAUGACGCGCAGGUUUGCUCGGCUCCGGGAAUUACGACAUCUGCUCUCGAGUAUAAAUACGAACUGAGCGGCGCAGUAGGACAAAGCGCGGUCAGUGUCUGCAGACUUCAUGUGAUCCCUUAGUGAAGGGUCAGAACCCCGAUUUACUGCUGAGGGUAACCCCCUUGGAAACGAAUGAAGAAACAAAUCUUGCUUCUCUUCACCUACCGAGGACAAGUAAGAAAAGGAAAAAAGAGCAAAAGAAGAAAAUGGCCAAUUUUAUAUUACGGAACGCCGAGCCCAAGGACGUCUCAGAUAUUUUGCGUCUCAUAAAGGAGCUUGCCAAAUUCGAAGAAAUGGAAGAACAGGUCGUUCUGACCGAGAAAGAGCUGUUGGAGGACGGUUUCGGAGACCAUCCGUUCUACCACUGCGUCGUCGCGGAAGUACCUCGGGAAAAACAGAGCGAAGAGGGUUAUACAGUGGUUGGCUUUGCUAUGUACUACUUCACCUAUGACCCCUGGAUUGGAAAGCUACUCUACCUGGAAGACUUCUACGUCAUGAAGGAGUUCAGAGGUUAUGGAAUUGGCUCAGAAAUCCUGAAGUUGCUCAGUGAAAGAGCGGUGAAGACUCGCUGCAGCAGUAUGCACUUCAUCGUGGCGGAGUGGAACAAACCGUCCAUCGAGUUCUACAAGCGGCGUGGAGCCUCAGACCUCUCGCUCGAGGAGGGCUGGCGACUGUUUGAGAUCAACAAGCAGAGCCUGCUCAAGAUGUCCGCCAAGUAGACAGCAGACGGUGACCAUACGGAGCCCAGCUCACCCCUCUUACCUGAGAAAAAUGAGCUGAAGCUCCCCUGUACUUCUCAAGACUAAUAAAGUACACAUUUACUGUA